AGCUUCCGGAAUCACCAGCGAUCCAUUCCAGGGAUUGCGGGUAUGCGUUGAGCCUCGCUUUAGUAAAGAAGUCACGUGAGCUACCCGAGCACCUUCGGGAAUUUCCGGAAGUGUUAAGGGGCGUGCCUUCAAGAGGUGGCCUUCUGCAGCCGCCCCACCAGCAUUAGGUAGCCGCCGCAUAAUCGCGAGCCCGGGACCAGACAGCCCACGGUGGCGGGCCGGGACCGGAAGCGGGUACGGAUGAGGUCAUUUCCGGCGGGUGACGGUGCGGACGGGUCAGAGGCGUAGAGGCGGCGGCAAAAUGGCGGCGCCUGAGGAGCGGGACUUAACCCAGGAGCAGACGGAAAAGCUGCUGCAGUUCCAGGAUUUGACUGGUAUCGAGUCUAUGGAUCAAUGUCGUCAUACCCUGGAACAACACAACUGGAACAUAGAGGGAUUACUAGGAUGGGGUUAUUACUUGAUUAUGCUUCCAUUCCGAUUUACCUAUUACACAAUACUUGAUAUAUUUAGGUUUGCGCUUCGUUUUAUACGUCCUGACCCUCGAAGUCGGGUAACUGACCCUGUUGGGGACAUCGUUUCAUUUAUGCACAUAUUUGAAGAGAAAUAUGGGAGGACACAUCCUGUCUUCUACCAGGGAACAUAUAGCCAGGCACUAAAUGAUGCUAAGCGAGAACUUCGAUUUCUAUUGGUCUAUCUUCAUGGUGAUGAUCAUCAAGAUUCCGAUGAUUUUUGUCGCAAUACUCUUUGUUCACCUGAUGUCGUUUCGCUCAUAAACAAUAGGAUGCUUUUUUGGGCAUGUUCCACAAACAAACCUGAAGGAUACAGGGUGUCCCAGGCUUUGCGAGAGAAUACAUAUCCAUUCCUAGCUAUGAUCAUGUUGAAAGAUCGGAGAAUGACAGUGGUCGGUCGGUUAGAAGGUCUCAUUCAACCUGAUGAUCUCAUUAACCAACUGACAUUCAUCAUGGAUGCAAACCAGACAUACCUGGUUUCUGAACGCUUAGAGAGGGAAGAGAGAAAUCAGACUCAAGUGCUGAGACAACAACAAGAUGAAGCCUACUUAGCCUCCCUCCGGGCUGACCAGGAGAAGGAACGGAAAAAGCAAGAGGAACGUGAGCGAAAGCGACAAAAAGAGGAAGAAGUACAGCAACAGAAAAUGGCAGAGGAGAGGCGGCGACGGAACUUACAGGAGGAGAAGGAGCGGAAGUCAGAAUGCCUGCCACCUGAACCACCCCCCGAUGAUCCCGAAAGUGUGAAGAUCAUUUUCAAGUUACCCAAUGAUUCCAGAGUAGAGAGACGAUUCCAUUUUACACAAUCUCUAACAGUAAUCCAUGACUUCCUAUUCUCCUUGAAGGAAAGCCCUGAGAAGUUUCAGAUUGAGGCCAACUUCCCCCGACGGGUGCUGCCCUGCCUUCCUUCAGAGGAGUGGCCCAACCCCCCCACGCUGCAGGAGGCCGGACUCAGCCAUACGGAAGUGCUUUUUGUUCAGGACCUUACAGACGAUUGACGCUUUUGCCCUCAGCCCCAUACCCUCUAUCCCCAAAAGAAAACAAAAUGAAAAAAAGAGAAAUUCAUAUUAUUAUAAUACAAUAUUUUUUUUAAAAGACUGCUGCAUCCUAAGAGGGCAGGGGUGGGGGGGACUGGGGAUCAGAAACCAUGCUGCCUGUAUCAACCACAACCUUUGUGGUUCAUGAGAGAGGGAACCAGCAAGUGCGUCUGUUCUACAAUCCCACUGCUUCCCUCCUGCCUGUGUACCAAGCCCCUGCUUUCCAUUCACAGGGAGGGAUACAAGAGAGAAUGCCUCUUCUGAUCGACCCAUAACCCUUUUGGUGGGAUGGGACACUCCCUCACCUGUUCUCAUUCUUUAUAGCUUUUAUAGAAAAAUAAUAAAACCACCAACAACCAACUAUAUCCCAACGUCUACUGAAGAAUUGCUCCUCUUGCCUCUAUGGAGAGGAGAUUAAGGGAAGAGAAGGGACAGACAGAGGUGUUUCUUCAACUUCUACUAUAUAAAAAAAAAUUUUUUUUUUGUGUUGCUUUGUAAUGACCAAAGGAAUGGGGCUGGCAUUUUUUCCCUUGAUUUUAUUUGCUAAAGAGCCAAUCUUUACCAGAUAAAUUUUUGUCCUGGGUUUCUUAGCCUACAUAGUGUAAUAAAGACUCCAUGGGUUGGUUUGUGUUGAUGCCCACUCUUGUUCUCCACAGCUCUGCAGAGAGGCUGUUUUAGUCUAUGUUCUUGUACUUAGAGCCCACUCCCAUGCAUACACUGUUGAGUGUGAAUCAGUGGGUGAACUCUGUGGCCCACUCAGGAUCUAUGUAGUACCACACACACUACCAGUACACAAGUGUAACUUUUUAAGAGGUCUCAAUCAGAUGAUUUGGAGUUUGGAGUCUGAACCAAAGGAUGUUAGCUUUCCUUUCUUGUUACUAUACGGGAAUCCUCACUCCUACUUCCUCCUGUCUCAUUCUCUUUUCCAUUCCUUUUUCCCCAGAGAUUUCUGGUUACAGGGUUGAGCCUUCAGAGAAAUAGGAAUUACCCUGUUUGUGUGUAUGUGUGUUGCAGUGUGACUUUAUUGUUAUUUUUUAAGUACAAAAGAAAUAAAAGCCUUGAAGGGAACCUGGGCAGGAAUUACAUGCCUAGCAUGGAAGGCAUGUAUAUUUCUCCUGUAGAUGCUUGCUUGAGGCAAGAAAUUUUAUUUUUGUCCCUUGAAUGUUGUUGGAGUCAUAGGGCCCUUGGACCAGAGACAACAGGCUUUUUGUGUUAAAUACCUGAAGCUCUAGGUCAGGGUUGAGUUAAUGAUAGUGAGAAUCUAAUUUAGGUCACUGAGACCAGUGUGAGCUGAUGGGUGACCCAAAAUAUUCUGUAGUGAAAUUAAUGGUUACUGUGGGUAGAGAUGCAACCUACUGAGACUGCAGGCCCCAGCAUGCUAUGGGCCCAAGAUAUUCAGAUCAAGAUAGGACUUAAUUUGUUGGACUUACAGACUCCAGAAGCUGCAUCUCUUAUUUAACUUUAAGGCAGCUAUUUUAUGCUCCACAUUAUCAGUGUUCAUUUCAUCCCUUUCAUCAGGGAUGUCAUCAGUGGGAGCAGAGUACGGGACCACUGGAGAGUCACCAGGAGUUCUGUGAAUAGCUCAUUGUCUUUGGCAUAUGCAACCAAAUCUGAUUUAUCAACUCUGGUAGAGUUAAAAUGUUUCCCUGGACUUCUAUUACUUUCCAGCCUAGUUUUCUAUGAUUUCAAGACUGGUUUAAAAGAACAAACUAUAAGCAUAUAUCUUAAAAGCUGUCUUCACAGUGACUUUUAGAAACACAAACCAAGUUCUUCAUUCAACCCUGUAUGAAGUCUGUUAAUAUCAGACUAGAUAGGAGAUAAUUUUCAAUUUAAUCUUGAGCCAGCCUCCCUGCUUGGAGUAUAUAGGUAUCUUUUCAGCAGGACAUGGAAGGUUAGGUUAGUAAAUAUCUUAAAAUUCUGAUGUUUUUCAGAUGAUAAUGUUAAUGCAGAGAUGAAGCCUAUUUGAUCUCAUUUUUUUUUUUCUUUAUUAAACCUCUGACUUUGUUUAGACUGCUCCCCUUCUGUCUCUCUUGCUUUUUGAUAGCUAUGUGAUUGGGUGAAGGCGAUUGGGUUGGAAUUCAGGACCUUUAUAGAGUCACUAUUUUUGGGAACUUUGCCUUGUUUUGCUUUUGGCUUAAGGAAACUACCUGAAUCCUGUCCCCUUUUUCAAAUUGAGGUCAACUCUUGUUCUACUGUUUUUAGGCAGUUUCCUUCCCUUGAGUUUUGCAUGUGAUGCCAAUACAAUAUUACUGAAGUAGAACUCGGGGUAUAGGGAGUGGAGGCCGUAAUUAUUACAAGGGAAUGCUGAACAGUGUCCACAUAAUCUCUGGGAUCUUUGAGCAGUUGUUUACAAGAGUCAAACAGCAGCUGAGGGGGGAGGAGAAUAAAGUUCAAUUCAGGUCUAAAGUACUCUCAAUUUUGAGGUUGCCGAUCCAGCCGAACCACCAUUGCAACAUGACCAAGCAGAGAUACCUGAAGUCUUUUGGAUUUGUGCAACCUAACAUUCAGCCUUCCAAGCCUUUAUUUCCACAUCUGCAGAAUAUCUGCAACAGAUUUCUUUCUCUCUCCAUGUUUGAACCAGGUCAGAAAUUGAUGAGAUAACAGCGGAUAAUCUUUUAAAACUAAAAAACACCCAUCAAAUUCAAGAACCCCUAAAAAGAACUUGGAACCUUCAACUGAGCAGUCAUUAUGAAAAUUGCAAAUGGUGCCAAGGCCCAAGAAAAAGCUGCAGAAAGUGACCAAGCAGGGAUUGAAACCCCUGAAUGCAGAAUUAAUGGAAUGGAGUGUUGCCAUCUUGUGCUCAAACAAGAGGCCUCACUUUACACCUUUUUUUAUUAUUAUUAAAAGACUUGUGAGGAAUGCAGCAAUGGGAAACCUAUCCUGAAAAGGAUGUAAUGACCCUACCUAUAUACUGCACCUGAAUAGUUAUGUGGUCAUUUACUGAAUAAAUCUAGUGUACUUAAAAUUUUUUUCAUAAAGUUUACAUUGUAUUGUAGGUUAACAUUAAAUGUUUUAUAACAAAGUGCACAAGUAGCAAUGGAUCCUUCUGUCUGGGAGGGAAGGGACUGAGAAGUGAUAGAUGUGUUCCUUUUGGGGGGAGGAGGUGGCAGAUUAGAUAAGAGCUCAGAAGUUUUCAGACUGGUAUAGUAGAUUUGGAUUCAGGGUAUAUGAGUUUGUUCUUGGCUCUUCCACCAUCCUGAUGGCCUUUGGAAAAUCAUUUUCCCUUUGCAUGUUUCACUUUCCUUCUGUUGUCAAAUGAGGGGAUUUUAGAUCAGUUCAUCUCUAAGGACUUUUCAUCUUUAAAUCCUAUGCAACCUAUGAAGGAUGUUCCCUACUGAAACAGUGCCUUCAAAAAUUUUCAUCUGUUCCUUGAAUCAUUUCCAAUAAUAAUGAAUUUCAUUUAUUUCUUUUUAAUGAGCUCUUCGAUGGGAUGUGGUUUGUGUAGAUUAGCACCUAGAAUAUAUCAAAUGAAAACUUGAACUUCACUCCCAUUUCUGAAAUUAAAAUCUGAACUUAAUUCCCCUACUUUGUUACCCAUUUCUAUUCCUUGUGAUGAUCAAUGAAUGCUAUCUGCUGCUAGAAUAGGAACAUUUUCUUACAGAGGAGUUUUCUCUUUGUUUUGAGAUGAAUUUGAUAGUAAUCUCUGGCAAGAAUUCACUGCCCAUGACCAAACUCUUCGCACCUGCCUUGACUUUCUGAGAAUAGUUAAAAAGAAAAGAAAAAAAAAAUUUGCUGCUUUGCCUGGUACCCUUUUAUUGCCUCUCAUGCCAAUAGCCCUGUGCAAGAAAUUUACAUGACUGAAUCUGAGCUAACCUUUCCCAUUGAUACAUUGAAAAGAUCUGGGACUCUGACAUUUUCUGUUUGUGUAAAUCAAAACAGCUACCCCGGCAUUUAUCAGCAUAAGAGAUUAAUUUACAAAAUAGGUCAAGUAUUUAGACAUUUUAACCCAAUAUAAAAGCAAUUCAAUAAUCAUUUUGGCAUUUUGGAUUCAAUGUUUGACAUCACUAAUUUGCAAAUUUACAAAUUAAUUUACAAAUUAUGCUCUCUAGAGCAGUUUCUUAACCUUGGGUUGUGAAUCCCUUUGACAUUUUGAUGUGAAGCCUUUGAAUCCCUAUGCUUUAAAACGCAUAAAGUAAAAAUACUUAAUAUUAUAAAGAAAACCAAGAGUUAGUGAAAUCAAAAUGUUUUUUUCUAAUCAAAUUCAUGUACUCUUUGGGAAAACUACAGGAUAACUGGUUCCCCCUGAAAAUUGAGUUGCCAUCAGGUAAUAGGUUGGCACAGGUCUAGAUGAAUAAGUUGAAGAAAAAAAGCAAAAUUCCUGACUAGACUUGGAAAGAAAAAAAGUAUAGUAUAAAUGCUGGUGAAACAUUUACCACUUAUAUUUGUUACUCAGUACUCACAAGAUCCAUCAUUUUUAUUACUGUGGCUAAUGUCCAGAUAGAAACACAUUCAUGCUAUCCAAGGUACUUGCUGUGGGCAAAAAUAAUCAUUACUUGAUGACUAGCCUUGGUGAUGAGCUUCUCUGCACUGCAGUAGUUUGGUACUUUGGUUAAGCUCCAAGUCUUUUCAUCUUGGUGUGGAACCUUCUGCUGGAAUGACUUCUAACUACUUAAUUACCUCCACUCCACAAUGAGACAUUGAAGUAGAACUUUAAGGGAGGAUGUUUGUAUGUUAACUGUAAGGGAAAAAAAAUAUGAGAUUGGAAGAAAUAGUAAUCAAUAAAUAGAUGUUGUUGCAUGUUUACUUGUUACUCUG